AUGGCGCAGGCCGUGGUGCUGCAGGAACUUCAGAAAGGAAUUUAUGAUGAAGCAUUAAGCAGUUUCUUUAGGAACGUGGAUACAAGAAGUGGUGGUGAUGGUCCUGAUAUUUCCAAAGGAAAAAUCUGCUCUUUAAAAGCUCGAGCGCUGUUGAUUGACAUGGAGGAGGGAGUGGUAAAUGAGAUUCUGCAGGGACCACUGAGGGAUGUGUUUGAUAGCAAGCAGCUUGUCACAGAUGUUUCUGGUUCAGGAAACAACUGGGCUGUAGGGCAUAAGCUGUACGGCUGUCGGUACCGGGAGAGCAUUGUGGAGAAGCUGAGGAGAGCUGCAGAGCACUGUGACUGCCUGCAGUGCUUUUUCAUCAUUCAUUCUAUGGGGGGGGGGACUGGAUCUGGUCUUGGAACUUUUGUACUAAGUUUGCUGGAAGAUGAAUUCCCAGAAGUGUAUAGAUUUGUCACUUCAGUUUACCCCUCUGGUGAAGAUGAUGUUAUUACUUCUCCAUAUAACAGUGUUCUGGCUAUGAAGGAGCUUAAUGAACAUGCAGACUGUGUGAUACCAAUAGAGAAUGAAUCCCUGUUUGAUAUAGUUAAUAAAAUCCAUCAGGUGACCAGCUCUGGGAGGCUAGGGUCAGCUGUGAAGCACAGCAGCUUGGUCACAUCCAGUGCAGGCCAUGCCAGAAUCCUUCCAGAGAAGCCAUUUGAUGCCAUGAAUAAUAUUGUAGCCAACUUGCUGCUCAACCUGACCAGCUCUGCUAGGUUUGAAGGUUCCCUUAACAUGGAUCUUAAUGAAAUCAGCAUGAAUUUGGUUCCAUUUCCUCGACUUCAUUACUUGGUUUCAAGCUUGACUCCUCUGUACACCUUGGCUGAUGUCAAUGUACCCUCUAGAAGGUUGGACCAGAUGUUCUCAGAUGCUUUUAGCAGGGAGCAUCAGCUGCUUGGGGCAGACCCCAAGCACAGCCUCUACCUGGCCUGUGCUCUGCUGCUCCGAGGGAACGUGCAGGUCUCGGACCUUCGCAGGAAUAUUGAGAGGUUGAAGCCUUCCCUGCACUUCGUCUCCUGGAAUCAGGAGGGCUGGAAAACUGGCUUGUGCUCAGUACCUCCUGUGGGCCAUUCCCACUCCCUUUUGGCUUUAGCAAACAACACCUGUGUGAAACCAACUUUUAUUGAGCUUAAAGACAGGUUUAUGAAGCUCUACAAGAAAAAGGCUCACCUGCACCAUUACUUGCAUGUCGAUGGGAUGGAGCAAAGCUGCUUCUCUGAAGCAAUCUCAUCUUUGUCUGACCUCAUAGAAGAGUACAAUGAGCUGGAUGCCACAAAAGGUGGGCCUAGAACAGACCCAUCAAGACUGAAGAUAGCUGUUUGAGGAGGGAAGAACUGCUUUUGUAAAGAACAAAACUCCCCAGAGCAUCCAACCCCUUCAGCUAACCAG